UUAACCAGAUCCUCAACCUUCCACAUUCAUUGCAUCCCACUUGGGUUCACCCCACCAAUGCACCACUCUACCUGAAGUCAUUUGUGGCUAGCCUGGUUGCUUCUGGUCUUUUCUUGCCUCCAGCUCUUCGCCCCCACUACUUUCAGUCUGAAGACGUUUCCGAUCCGAAACGUCACCUAUCCUUUUUCUCCAUAGAUGCUACAUGUACAUGUUGAGUUACUCCAGCGCUUUAUGUCUAUCUUUUGUAUAUACCAGCAUCUGCAGUUCUUUGUUUCUGUUUGAUUUUACGAGGAUGUUACCGGGUCUGGAGAGUUUGGAGAUGCAGGGAAACGCUGGACGCGCGGAGUCAUUUUUCUCCUGGAGCGUGAGGUCGCAGAUAAGAGAGGUGGCAUCUUGCGGAAAUCCAAAAAGCGUUUGGUUAAUUUUGGAGGAAUAAGGACAAUGUGGAUAUUUUGCACGCAGUUGUCGUGCAGCAACGCCGAAGAGAGUGACUCUGGAGGUUCCACGGGCACGCGCGUCCGGGUCCUGCAAUGGAGGCGCGGCCUCGCGCUCCAUGGUUGCUAAGCAACGGCGCCCAACAGUCGCUACAAACGCGAGGCCUGUAGCAGCAAAGGCCUGGGACACGGCAACUAGUAGCCCGGCGUGGAGCAGCAAAGGCCUGGGACACGGCUACCAGUAGCCCGGCGUGGAGCAGCAAAGGCCUGGGACACGGCAACUAGUCGCCCGGCGUGGAGCAGCAAAGGCCUGGGACACGGCUACUAGUAGCCCGGCGUGGAGCAGCAAAGGCCUGGAACACGGCUCAGCUUCUCUCAUCUGUCAGCACAUCUUAUGCACUUCACAGCUUCAAGAUCUAUAACAUAACUAUGAAAUGUCUGGAACACAGAAGUAUUUUGCUUCACAUGCCUCUGAAGAGACACUCGAGCAAGAUAGUUUACACAAGACAGCGCGACCAGACUUCCACCCUUCGAGACAGACAUCAAGCACUGCAGGAAAUCCUGUACAAGAAAAUUUUAAACGAACAACUGAUGGCUCUAUGCAAAUAUCUGAAGAUAUACAAUUAAGCAAGAAUUCACAAAAUAACAUUGAAGAUAGCUCUUGGGUACAAAGUCAGGCAGCUAAGGCUGAUCCUCGAAAGAAAAGUAAAAGACCAGCUGCAGAAAUGGGAUAUAAAACUAGUAAUAAGAAAUUGGUAGUUUUACAACUGCAUGAAGCUGGUGGUAAAAAUCAGUCUGCUUUCAAAUCAGCAAUAGCACCACUUGCUGGUACAGUUAAAGGUUUAAAUAUGAUAAGAAGGCCUGAACCACCACCUAAGCGUAGUUCCUUAAAACCCAUUGAUACUUCAAAGUAUUCUACACUAAAACAAUCUACUUUAAUUACAGAAAAGACUAGUAAUACUAGUAAUGGCAAAGUUGACAGUAAAAUCAGUGAAAAGAAUAAGAUCAUUCCCGCAGAAACAACUGAACAAAGUAAAAAAAAGAAAAAUCUCAACAAAUCCCCUCCUCAAACAUCAGAUGACGCAAUUGCCCAUUUUGAUAAAGAAGUUGACACUCAUUCCAUUCAUUUUCAAGGUAUGAAGUCUGCUUCAGAACUGCUAGAAGAAGCUAAAUAUCUCGCAAUGUCAGAUGCACCAAAAAUAUAUGAAAGAAACUUUGAAAUUAGCAAGCCGGAGCAGUCCCUGACCGCAGCACAGCAAACAUUUACAGCAAAGGCAAAAUCUGUAGAUGAAAUCAUUGUUUCACUGCGGUCUGUUAGCCAAACCACCUCCCAGUCUGCUUCAAAUAUGAAGAUCAAAGGACUUUUGGACAGAGUGCUUGGUUACAGUUUUAGCAGUAUAAGUGAGUCGGCUCAAGCAGUGAUAACUAGGCAGAAAGAGGAGGAGGAUGUAAUAAUUCCGCAGCCUAAGGAUGCUUUGAAAAUUACACGAUUUGAGGAUGUGAUAAUUUCACAACCUGUAGAGGAGGUGUCAGUGCAAGAUUUGCAACUGGCAGCUGAAAAACAGAUGGAUGAUGAAAGUAUAGAAUCGGUCACAAAAAUCAGUCAUGAGGUCAGACUGGAGGAAGAAACCACAAAAGAUUUAGAUGGCACUUUAAUAAGUACAGUUACUUCUCCAGUAUCCAAAGGUGAAGCUGCAGCUAUUUCUGAACAAGCAAAAACAUCUUUAAAACAAAAUGCUUCGGAAAUUAUCAAGAGUUUGCCAGACACUCUAACUAAUGAAGAGGCAUUAGAAAUUAUUGGGUUACCUUCAGAGGUCACAUAUUCUGAUGUAAUUAAUGUGAAAGGAAGCACUUUUGGAUCAUUGAAGAAAAUUGCUGGAGACCGAGAAAUGCUACUUGAGAAGGAUGAAACUUUUCAACAACAAACUUCAGUACUGGCAACAUGGACUCCAAAAGACAAAGAUCACGGAUAUCAAACAAUUCAUCACCUUUGCGUUACUAAACCGAGUCAUGUUUUGCCUAUUGAUUUGCAACUGGCUUCAAGGCUGUACUUCACUCCAAGCAGACUAGGACAUGGCAGUAGUAAACUUCCAGACUUUGUGCAGCAUACACCAUCAUUUAUCUGUUCAAAAGAUGACUUUUCUUCUUUGAAACAACAGAAGAAAGCAAGACAUAUUUAUGAAGGAAUCCCCGUAUCAGAAGCGAUUCAGGAAAAUCUACAGGAUAGUGUUACGGUUUUACCACCACUUUCACCGGAAUAUUUGAGCGAAUGGCAAAAAGUUGCAGAAUAUUAUGUGGAGAGGCCUAGACUGAUACUCUUGGGAAAAUCGAUGCAAAUUCACAAAGAUGCAACAAAGCUGUUUUGGACACCAGCACUUCCUAAGUUUGCAGUUCCUAUUUCGCACAUACAGGAAACCCUAUACCCAAAACUGCAAAUGGAAUUGGAUCAAGUGAACCCUUGUGACUUUCAUCUGAAUCAGGAUGAAGAAUAUGAUGUAAACGAGGAACAGGACAAUUUGAACAAAAAAGCUGCUCUGCAAAGAACACUCCUUAAAAAGCACAAAUCAUUAUCAGAUCUACAAGGAUUUUCAGACCAGAAUUCAAAGCACAUGACAGACAAGGAACAUAUGUUGCAAAUAUAUGCAUCUUCACCAAAUCUCAAUUUUUCUGAUGAUGAGAAGACAUUGAGAAUAUUGAGUUCUUUUCAGAGCACCAUUAAGGAGAAUGAGCACCAGAGAGAUCGACUAAUUCUGGCUUCAUUGGAACCAGCCCAAGAACAUAUACUUUCAAAAGAAAAAUCAGAAAAUCAAAUGAUCCAAGACACAGAAGAUUCUCAGCAAAGUCUAAAUAUGGAUUUUCCAAAGGUUGAAACAAAGAUUGGAAAAAGUGAAACCCAGCAAAAAAAAGUUAAAGCUUAUAUGAAAAAGCCAUUACUUCCACGAAAGCUAGCUUAUAUUUCUCAAAAAUUUUCAAAGCAUCCAAAUAUUCUUACAAGGUCUGCAUCUUUGCCUACUUGUGUCCGUUUGCAUGUGAUCAGUGAAAGAUCAUCUCCACCAAUAAAACUCAAGCGAAGGUGCAGUCUUCCUUCCUUUAUUAACUUUGAAACUUUUGUAAAAACACAAGGAGGAAUCACUACAGGAGUUGCUGAUAGAGAAUGGGUCAGAAAUAUAUGGAACAAUUGGUUUGAUGAAGUCUUUCCACCAUUGAAAUCAUUCCGAGAAGCAGCUACUUAUCAAAGAGGCAGUUCCCUGCAUGACGAAAUAAACAAAUCUCAGCAAGCAAUGAAGCGAGAGAUACGAUUGCAGAAUUUGUCUCUGGAAAUGCAUCUUUUGUACUCUUCUGUUUCCGAAUCUGAAAACGCUCCGGAUGCCUUGCUUUCUGAAGUGAACAAACUAACACACCUCAUAAAUGUACAAGGCAAAAAGUCUGCUUUUAAUUACGGUCGGCGAGGAGCUUUGCGUAGAAAAUUAGCACAGCUGCAAUUAGCCAUGGCAGAUUUAAAUCAAGCAAUUAAAUUAGAACCAAUGCUGCUUAAUGCUUAUUGGCACAGACACUUAAUUUACCUUCUACAGAUGAAAACAUCUGAAGCACUGGAUGAUCUAAACUAUAUACUUAAGCACAAUAAGAAUCACGCAGAUGCUUACACAUCAAAGGGCGAUAUUUACAGAGAUAAAGGGGACAUUACAAUGGCAAUCAUAAAUUAUUCUCAAGGACUCAAAUGCAGACCUGAUGCAGACAUUUACUUUCGAAGAGCUCAGUUGUAUGAGGCUAGUAAUGAUAUGCUUAUGGCUAUGGAAGAUUAUCGCUUGGCUUUUACUUUGAAUCCCAAAAGAACAGAUGCUCUGAUGAAACAUGGCCUAUAUUAUUUUGAUACUUCCAACUGGCCAAUAGCAAUUAAAGACUUUACAGCAGUAAUUAAAGAUGAGCCUAACAAUGCUCAAGCAAGGGAUUAUCGUGGACAAGCAUAUGCUAAGCAAGGACUGUUCAGAGAAGCUAUUGUGGAUCUGUCUGUUGCAAUACAUUUGGAACCUAACAACUGGAUGGAUUUCUAUCAUAGAGCUUGCCUGCUACGAAAGGUUCACCCGUUUAAAGCUUUACAGGACUUCAGUGUUUCAGUGCUUAUCAAUAAUGAGGUUGAGAAUUUGAAUUCGUUUUUACAUCGUGGAAUUUUGUACACUGAGCUCAACCAGUGGCCUGCAGCUAUAUGGGACUUUGAAUGGGUAAUCAAGCUCGACAGAGCGGUUUCUUUAGCUCACAUAAACCUUGGGCUUAUUUUCCUCUUAAAAAUGGAUCACUAUUAUGAAGCUAUCCACAGAUUUACAGAUGCCUUAAAGGUUGAGCCAACCUCCACAAAAGCAUAUGUGUGUCGGGCAGAGGCAUAUCGUAAGGUACAUAAUCUUGGAAAAGCUUUGAAAGAUAUAACAUGUGCCAUCCAUCUCCAACCUCAAGCACAAAACCUAUACCUGACAAGAGGUCAAUAUCUACUCCAAAUGAAAAAACUUGAUCUUGCAAGCUUCUAUAUCCAAUAUGCUGCUGAAAUCAAUCAAGGCACAGCCCGUGACUCAUCACCAACUCAACAAGCUACAGUACAAUCCUUUUUAAAAAAUUAUGAUAGAGUUAUAGAUAAUCUGAAAGAACUUGAAAAAUCACCCUCAGUGUUAACCUUACUUGGAGAAACUCAAGUGAAAGCUGGAAGGCAUCAGGAAGCCCUGAAUAGCUAUCAAGAAGCUUUGGAUAUGGCAAUUGAAAGAUCUGAACUGGAAUUUACAAGCGAUCCAUCAGAAUUUGCAGGUUUAUAUUAUCUCAUGGGUUGCUGCAAUGUUAAGCUGAAUAAACUGAUCGAGGCAAUAGAUUCAUUUAAUAAAGCACUGAAAAUGCACUCAAAUUUUGCUAACGCAUAUUAUCAGCGUGGAUUGUGCAGAAUGAAGCUUCGUGAAAUAAAUUCUAUCUAUGACUUUCACAGAGCACUUGCAAUCGACCCUCAACUCUUUGAGGUCUACCUAAGCCGAGCUGUGUACUAUGCAAAUCAGCAGCGCUAUCUCAAGGCCAUUCUAAGCUGUAAUGAAGCACUGAAGCUUCAACCCCAGAGUGCAAGAGCCUUUCUUUGUAGAGGAGCACUGAAAUAUCAUGCUAAGUUAUAUCACUUGGCAAUUGAUGACACAACUGCUGCAAUAAACAUUGAUGAGGCCUGCAUCUUGGGUUACUUUAACAGGGCUGUCAGUUAUCAACAAGCAAAUGAUCUUCAAAAGGCACUGAAAGAUUACGGGAUAAUCCAGCUUCUUGGGUGCAAAAAUAAAUUAAAUCUGAAGGCAUUAAUUAAUCGUGGUCUACUGUAUCUGAGCAUGGAAGAUCACUUCAAUGCAUCGCAGGAUUUUAAAGCAGCAAUUGUGGAAGAUCCUAAAAAUCCCAGCAUAUAUCAUGCGAUGGCAAUCAGCUAUCAUAAGCUCCACUAUUUAGAAGAAGCUGUGAAAGGUUUCACCCAAGCUGUGAAAUUGGACCCAUUUUUUGCGGAUGCAUAUAAUGGACGUGGAAAUGUAUAUAUGGAUAGUGGUCACCCAGCUGGAAUAAAGCAAGCACAGAAAGAUUUUGUUCGAGCACUUCAUUUAAAUCCGAGAUGUGUGAAAGCCAGAAUCAAUCUGGGAUACAAUUUACAGGUUCUGGGAGCAUUUCAGAAAGCCUGGUAUCAAUUUACAAUUACAGCUGAUAUUGACCCAAACUUUGAGGAUGCAUAUGAAGGUCGGGCAAUCGUUAGUCUUCAAAUGAACAACACACUUGGAGCAUUACACGACAUGAAUGCUGCAUUGGGGAUCGCCAAAUCAGCAAAGUUGUUUACAAAUCGUGGUGUGAUUAACCAGUUUAUGGGAGACCUACCUGAUGCUAUGAGAGACUAUACAAGAGCAAUAGCUCUCGACCCCACCUAUUCACUGGCUUAUCUCAACAAGGCCAAUCUUUACCUCUGCAACAGCCAAUUUCAACAGGCCCAUGAUCAGUACACCAAGGCAAUCGAUCUGCAACCAAGAGAUGAAUCUGCUUUGCUGAAUCGAGCAAUUUGUCGUGUUAUGCUUAAGCUUGUCAAAGAGGCACUGGAGGACUUUGAAGAAGCUAUUAAACUUAGUCCUUACUCAGCUCACAUAUACUUUAACAGAGCAAACCUCUUUGCCACUCUAAAGCAGUACCAAGAUGCUGAUAAAGAUUAUUCACAAGCACUAUUGCUAAUGCCAGACGAUGCUCUAUUUUACAAACUCCGUGCGGAUGUCCGUGGCCAUUUGGGUUUGACUGACCAAGCUAUAACUGAUUACAAAAUUGCUAUCAGCAUCCAAGAAGAUAAGUAAGCUGGAUAUCUGCUUUUGUGAGUGACUCUUAGAUUAAGGAUUUAUAAAAACUUUGAAUAAAAAUGAACCACAUUUUAACUUUUUUUUUGUACAAAUAUCUUAGUUCUGCCAAUAUAUUAAAAAUGAAUUUAACAUUAUUCAAUGCAACAUGGUCUUAUUUUAUCACUCCAAUAUUUGCAAUUAUCAUCCUUGUUAGAAAGAUUACAUAACAUGUAAUGUGUUCCUAAAAUACGUAAAUACAAAAUAAUUUUAUUCUAUCGUGUAGUUUCACGUUCUCUCUUAUUUUCUUCCUUGGUACAAGAUAUGUGACCAAUAAAAUAAUUUAAAAGAAUGUUUUCAAUAUUGAUGUCAAAUCCUAAGAUGCAAAUAAUUCUAUUUAAAUUGAAAAAAAAAUGUUUCAAUAUGAAAAUAAAGCAUCAAUG